UAAGAAAAAGCCCUUUUAGCCCUAAAUAUCCCAAAAUUUUAUCAUAUGUUCUUUCCUUAUGUGGCUCUCUCUCUCUACUACUCUUUCCCUUUCUCCUCUUUCGAUCAACAGCUUAACCCACCACCACCAAAUCUCUCAGCUGAACCGUUUCUUUUCUCACCUCCGGUUAUCGGAUUAGCCAGAUCUCGUCGUCUCGAUUUCAGAAAAAGGAGUUGAAAGAAAUGGGAAGGGGAAAGAUCGCGAUAAAGAGGAUCAAUAACUCAACGAGCCGUCAGGUUACGUUCUCGAAGCGGAGGAAUGGUUUGUUGAAGAAAGCUAAGGAGCUUGCGAUUCUCUGCGAUGCUGAGGUUGGUGUUAUCAUCUUCUCUAGCACCGGUCGCCUCUACGAUUUCUCCAGCUCCAGCAUGAAGUCGGUCAUAGAGAGAUACAGCGAUGCCAAAGGGGAAACCAGUUCAGAAAAUGACCCCGCUUCGGAAAUUCAGUUCUGGCAAAAGGAGGCUGCGAUUCUAAAGCGACAGCUACAUAACUUGCAAGAAAACCACCGGCAAAUGAUGGGGCAAGAACUCUCUGGACUAAGUGUAGACGAAUUACAGAAUUUGGAAAAUCAGCUUGAGUUGAGCCUUCGUGGCGUUCGAAUGAAAAAGGAUCAAAUGUUAAUCCAAGAAAUACAAGAACUCAACCGAGAGGGGACUCUUGUGCACCAAGAGAAUUUAGACCUUCACAAGAAAGUUAACCUAAUGCACCAACAGAAUAUGGAAUUGCAUGAAAAGGUUUCAGAGGUUGAGGGUGUGAAAAUCACAAACAAAAAUUCUCUUCUCACAAAUGGUCUAGACAUGAGAGAUAACUCAAGCGAACAUGUCCAUCUUCAGCUCAGCCAACCGCAGCAUGAUGAGACGCAUGCAAAAGCUAUCCAACUCAACUACUUUUCCUUCAUUGCAUAAUAUAUGUGGUGUGCGUAAAUACGCACACACUUAUGUUGAUGACCUCGUCGGAAUCAUAUCUCAAUUAACUGUAGUAGCUUGUCACUGCAUAAGCAAAGAUACAUAAACAUGAUCGGUUUGCAAUCCAUUUUCUAUCAAACACCAGCUUUGUAACUUUUAAAAAAAACUUGUUUCUCCCUGCCAAGAACCUUGGUUUGGCACUUAAGCAUGUUAGUUUGAUGAUCAAAGGAAAUGAGUGUUUUUUUCACAUAAAAAGUUGUACACUUACGUCGCCAA